AUGUCAAGUUCAAAACGGUCACUCUCCGAGACGACAGUUCAAGAGGAAACAACUUCUUUAUCUACAGCUUCUGCCGGUAACAAGAUAGCAAACGCAGUGAAUGAGACUUUUAUGUCUCUCACCUGCAAUUUUGCAGAUCUGCCUUCGUGGCUACAGGAUAACCACGACAUUUUGCGUGGCUAUCGCCGUCCGACUUUUUCGUAUAUAAAAUGUGCAAAAUCGUUAUUUUAUCUUCACAAUGAAAGCGGCGCCGUUGGUUUCAUAGUUCUCGCAUUCACCACCUACAUAUACACACUAUCAAGUACAUCAUCUGUCAAAUGGUGGGAUUUUCUGGUGUUUUACUGUUUUCUCGCGGGCGCAAUGAUUUGUUUAUCGCUUUCUUCAUUAUUUCACACCUUUUGCUGUCAUUCAGAAAAGGUUUGCGCUGAUUGGAAUAGAUGCGAUUAUAUUGGCAUUGUUACUUUAAUUGUUGGCUCGUUUUAUCCUAUGAUUUAUUACGGGUUUUAUUGCAAUAGUGUUUUGCAAAUUGUAUAUCUAUCACUGAUAUCUGUCUUUGGAAUUGCUACUAUCAUAGUAGCAGUCGCGCCUACUUUUCGUUCACCGGAAUUCCGAUGGUUUCGUACGGGAUUAUUCCUCUCAAUGGGGCUAAGUGCUGUAUUUCCCAUAGGGCACGCUAUUGCACUUUACGGGAUUCACCUGUGUUUCGAUGUAAUAUCGCUUAAGCAUAUGCUGAUAAUGGGUUUGUUUUAUGUUGUGGGAGCUAUUAUCUAUGGAUGCCGAGUUCCUGAACGAUGGUAUCCCGGAAAAUUCGAUAUAUGGGGGGCAUCUCACCAAAUAUUUCAUGUGUGUGUUGUAUCAGCUGCGGUGGUUCACUAUCAUGGUGUUAUAUUAGCAAUGUCAUAUUGGCACAAGGAGAAUCAUGAAUGUAAAGUGGAUAUUCGGUUGAUGCAACCAAGUUAA